CAACUUGUUAAAAAGUGGAAUUACACAAAAAAGUCAGAAACGAAAAUGCUUACUCAAUGGAAAGACAAGUGAAUAAUUGAAUGGGGCUCCACUCUUUAUGGCUUCAAAGCCUGCCAUGAAUGGAUAAUGUAUUGCAGAGCAAGCAAUGAAGGAGCAUAACUCCUGGCACAACGAGGGCCAACAUUGUCACGUGUCUUCUUUGUUUUCCUGGCCAUGCUUCGAUCUUUUGAUGGACAGGGCAAGAUACAGCAAAGCCUUGUCUGCCAAAAAGGCUCGACAACCUGCACAAGUCUAUUGUGUGGGAAUGCAAUGUAUACUUAGAAUUAUAGAAACCAUCAGGCAAUAGGAGGUUUAUUUUUCAUUGUUGCCCCCACCUUUUCAUGAGCAUAUUAAAAGGCUUUUGGAACAUUCUCGUCUAAUUAUGUGAUUGAACAUCUGCAUGAUAGCAUGAUUGCAUGGGCCCUGAGACUAAUCAACCCCAGAAACAAAGUGGACAAUGGACAUGAAUCUGCAAACAACCAUAAAAAUUUAGAGUAAAACCGAAGUGGUAGUAUUUGCCCAAAUAAUUUCAAGAAAAAUACAAGUGUCUGCUCAGAUCUCUCAUUGUUUUUUCCUGCUCUCUUCACCGACCCUAAAGUAGUCUAGUCAAACCAGCCCAACUGAGUUCCACACUGUUUCAUCUGUCGGCUUUAUUAAUCCCCGUCCGUGUCAUGAAUGGGCUUGUAAGCCUAAAUGAUUUGAUAGCAAAGGCCGCGCUGUAAAACUUGGGUCGACCCAAGAAAAAAUCAUCCAUUCAUUGUAUUUGUACAGCUACUGGCGAACUGGUCAAUGGAAAGCGUUGUUAAUCCAAAAUGCACCGUUGGCCCAAAAAAAUCCAACAAUGCAUCAGCACUAUAGCCUGUAUAAACGAACUAAUGCUAUUGCACUGUUUGAAAAUUGAGAAAAAGAGUGAGCAACAAAAGCACGUUUGAAGGGAUCAACCUGGGCACAGUCAUGUAUGUUGAAGCAAAAACAUUGAAAAUCCACCCCCAAAAGUAUGUUUUUAGUAUAUCAAAAUCACGAGAAAGUUCAUGGAUUUGAAUGACAACAGGCGCAUCAUAUUUCCUUUUUGACGGUUACAGCUCUAGAGAAGUGGGAGGUCACAAGUUCAAGCAAACGACAACGGGCAGUGAGCUUGUCAACGGACAAAUCAGGAGUCAGCAGUAACAAGUCGAUGACUUAACCAACAGCAUUUGGAUGAACCCGUUUUUUGAAAAACGUGUGCUUCCUUGGCAUUUGGAUGAACCCUUUUUUUGAAAAACGUUUGCUUCCUUGGUUUAUACGACAUCUUCAUUAUUACAUCUUAUCCAUUCGUCACCCGCCAUAUUGGAGUAACAUCCAGUGGCUAAAAUGAAUACUCAAAAACACUUGACUCUCAACGGAUAAAAUCAAAUUUCAGUGCUUCACCGACUCUUAGGCCCUUCUAAACCCUCCCUUGUUUUGAUCAUAGCAUUUUUAUUUUUGUAUUUCACGAUGGCGUCUUUGUCUAGAUUGGUCGUCAAAGAUUACAAUUUGCAUAAAUUUGAUGCUGUAUGUAGAAGACCAUGGUCUUUGAUUCCUGGCAGAAGGCUACAGGCAGCUCAGCUGGAUGUUAGAGCUGGAAUUUCUGUGUCUGACAAUGGAAAUGGUUGGGCAAUCCAAAGCAAGCGAAGUAGUCCCGUUGUUGCUCUUGCAGCCCCUUCCUCGAUCAUUCCAGCUUCAAGGAAUUCCAAAGUUAUAUGCAAGGCUGCAGCUAAUGUAUCUGGAGAUAUACCUUCACCUACUGGGAGGAACCAGUAUGAGAGAAUAAUUGAAACUUUGACAACUCUUUUCCCUGUCUGGGUUAUCUUGGGAACUAUUAUUGGCAUCUACAAGCCAGCUGCGGUAACAUGGUUAGAGACGGAUCUUUUCACUGUGGGCCUAGGUUUCCUCAUGCUUUCAAUGGGAUUGACAUUAACCUUUGAGGAUUUCAGACGCUGUCUACGGAACCCAUGGACUGUAGGUGUAGGAUUUCUUGCCCAAUACUUAAUCAAGCCUAUGCUAGGAUUUUCUAUUGCAAUGAAUGCUGGUGAAAAAGUGUGUGCUAUUAAUAGAUUGAGAAAUCUCCCAUCCAAUAAACAGACUCUGAAACUUUCUGCUCCGCUUGCAACUGGUCUCAUUUUGGUCUCAUGCUGCCCUGGUGGUCAGGCAUCAAAUGUUGCAACCUAUAUAUCUAAGGGGAAUGUAGCGCUUUCUGUUCUCAUGACAACGUGUUCAACCAUUGGAGCAAUAGUUAUGACACCACUCCUCACGAAGCUACUUGCCGGUCAGCUUGUUCCUGUUGAUGCUGCAGGUCUUGCUAUCAGCACUUUUCAGGUUGUGUUAGUACCAACAGUUGUUGGAGUUUUAUCCAAUGAAUUCUUUCCCAAAUUCACUUCAAAAAUAAUCUCAGUGACUCCAUUAAUUGGAGUUAUUCUCACUACUCUGCUUUGUGCAAGUCCUAUUGGCCAAGUGUCUGAAGUCUUGAAAACCCAAGGAGCUCAGCUAAUAUUGCCUGUAGCUCUCCUACAUGCUGCUGCUUUUGCCCUUGGUUAUUGGAUUUCAAAAAUAUCAUUUGGCGAAUCCACUUCUCGUACCAUUUCCAUAGAAUGUGGAAUGCAGAGCUCUGCACUUGGAUUCUUGCUUGCCCAGAAACAUUUUACCAAUCCCCUAGUAGCUGUUCCUUCUGCAGUUAGUGUUGUUUGCAUGGCGCUUGGUGGGAGUGCUCUUGCUGUUUUUUGGAGGAACAGACCAAUUCCUGUGGAUGACAAGGAUGAUUUCAAGAAAUGACAAGUUUUCACUUAUAUUCUUUUCCUAUGUAUCUUCUGAUUUUUUCCGUUUCUUCUCAAUAGGAAGGCAGUUGUUGGAUAGGUAAAUCUUUCUUUAAAAUUUACAUGAGCCCGAAUUUUGUAGGAAUAAAAGAAAUUUAGAAAUCUAAAAUUUGUAAUAAGAGUCAAUAUAAGUUUUGUCUUUCAAGCUUAGUCUAGGCCAAUACAAUGCUAGUUUGAUUUCAAACAUUCGAGUACACUCCGAUACAUUUGCUUUC